AUGGAUUGGGUCAUAUUCACGAAACUGAUUGAUCGCAUACCAUUUCAAAACCAACACCACAAGCCCCCACUGCCCAACCGCUCCUCCCAAGAACGUGUGCAGAUAUUCCUCAACAUCGAACGGUCGACCUCUUGGAGGUUCAACACCCACAUAGGAGAGAAGCAGUGGGUCUACAGGACUUCCUUCACAGCCCCAGCAGUCGAGAAGGGCAGCAAGGCCGUCCUGGCCUUUGACGGCUUGGACACGUUCGCCAAGCUGACCUCGCCAGUCGCCGUUGGCGGCGAGUCCGACUACGAGUCCGGCUCCGAAGACGUCUCCACCAAGGUCUUCAUCGCCAACUACGCCAUAAUCAUCAAGCAGACUGAAGAACCGAAUAGUCGUGUCACCCGGCGAAAAACAAUAUUUGAGUUAUCUAUGGCGUCUUGCUCGCCCGUUGUCCCUGGCUCUGCGUGGGAAGCCGCCCGUAUAGCAUAUCCGAUACUGCGAAAAAGCUUGAUCUACCUGUCGCCCACAGACUUGUACUGA